AUGAUAGGGAGAAGGGAUGGCCUAUCUUCAAUCUUAAGCGAAGCUGCAAAUCUUCUACCUCCUGCUGGAAUUUCAGUAGAUGAUUCAAUCACAUUAUUUGCAAGUCUAGGAAUCAAUGUUCAAGACAUGGUUACUCUCAUUGGUUCUCACACAAUAGGGUUUGCGCAUUGUUCUGCCUUCAAAGAUCGUCUCUUCAAUUUCAAAAACAUAGGAAAAGCCGAUCCAACCAUGAAUCAUGUUCUACUUAAUUCACUAAAGCAAAUAUGUCCCAAGAAAUCAGCAAAAGACUUUAUCGUUAAUCUGGAUCGGAAUACUCGAAGUGUGAUCAAUGUUGACAACUCUUUCUCCAAGGAGAUUCAGCAAAAGAAAGGAGUUCUAGGAAUAGAUCAAGAGAUAGAUCUGGAUAUUCGAACUAGUGGAAUGGUGCAGAAGCUAGCCAGUAAUAAUACUUUCUUCAUUGAACAAUUUGCUGCUGCUCUUGUCAAAUUGGGAGCUGUAAAUGUUCUUUUAGAACCUUUGGGAGAGAUUAGGAAAUCAUGUUGA